AGAUAGAGAGACCUUGUGAGACUGCGCCUUUGAGCGCAGGGGAGAGAGGGAGAGUUAACCGCUGCCAAAGCGGAUUACAGCGUGUCGCCCGGUGAUCCUUUCACCGAGUCUCCACUUGAGGGUUUUAGCCUCAGUGUCCUGCUCUCAGACUCGUUUCUUCAGAGAAGCAUGGCUUUAUUAUUCGGUGCUUGCUGGAUCGGCGCGUCUUAACCAUGAGUUCCUCUGCUGCUGCGCUCUCGUCACCGCGGCAACUUUUCCGUGCGCCACGGUGCCACUGAGACGCUUCUCGGUGGGAAAGUUUUACAUGAAGCCCGCAGGGGCCAUCAUGGGCUCCCGGUAAACGCUCCCACUUUCUUCCCUCUGCCCUCCGAGCCGCGCGGCAAUAAUGCAGAAGAGCGUCCGCUACAACGAAGGACACGCACUGUUCCUGUCGGCAGUGGCGCGUAAAGAAGGGACCAAGCGUGGCUACCUGAGCAAGAAGACGGCGGAGAACAGCCGAUGGUCGGAGAAGUUCUUCGCCCUCUAUCAGAAUGUACUGUUCUACUUCGAGAACGAGCAGAGUGCGCGACCCGCUGGGAUUUACCUGUUGGAAGGCUGCACCUGCGAGCGCACACCGGCGCCAAAGAUAUCUACCACCGGGAAGGAGGCGCUGGAGAAACAGCACUACUUCCUGAUUGUGUUUGGCCAUGAUGGACAGAAACCUCUGGAGCUGCGGACAGAUGAGGAGAACGAAUGUGACGAAUGGGUCGAGGCCAUCCAGCAGGCAAGCUAUUCCGACAUCAUAAUUGAACGAGAGGUGCUGAUGCAGAAGUACAUCCACCUUGUACAAAUUGUAGAGACUGAGAAGGUGGCCGCCAAUCAGCUGCGCACUCAGCUGGAGGACCAGGACACUGAAAUUGAAAGGCUUAAAUCUGAGAUUGUAGCUUUGAACAAAACUAAGGAGCGGAUGCGGCCUUAUCACGUCUACCAUGAGAAUGAAGACCCUGAUAUCAAAAAGAUCAAAAAGGUUCAGAGUUUCAUGCGAGGCUGGCUGUGUCGCAGGAAGUGGAAACUCAUUGUCCAGGACUACAUUUGCUCUCCUCAUGCUGAGAGCAUGAGGAAGAGGAACCAAAUUGUCUUCAACAUGGUGGAGGCAGAGACAGAGUAUGUCCACCAGCUCUAUAUCCUGGUCAACUGCUUCCUUAGACCUCUGAGGAUGGCCGCCAGCUCAAAGAAACCUCCCAUCAGCCACGACGAUGUGAGCAGUAUCUUCCUCAACAGUGAGACCAUCAUGUUCCUACAUGAGAUUUUCCAUCAAGGCUUGAAGGCGAGGAUUGCCAACUGGCCAACUCUGGUGCUGGCUGACCUGUUUGACAUCCUCCUGCCCAUGCUAAACAUCUACCAGGAGUUUGUACGCAACCAUCAGUACAGCCUGCAGGUUUUAGCCAACUGUAAGCAGAACAGGGACUUCGACAAACUGCUAAAACAGUACGAGUCCAAUGCUGCCUGUGAGGGAAGGAUGCUGGAGACUUUUCUCACUUAUCCCAUGUUCCAGAUCCCUCGUUACAUCAUAACAUUACAUGAACUCCUGGCCCACACACCUCAUGAGCAUGUGGAGCGCAAGAGUCUUGAGUUUGCCAAGUCCAAACUAGAGGAAUUGUCUAGAGUGAUGCACGAUGAAGUGAGCGACACAGAAAACAUUCGGAAGAAUCUGGCCAUUGAGAGGAUGAUUGUUGAGGGCUGCGACAUCCUGCUGGACACCAGCCAGACCUUUGUUAGACAGGGCUCUCUGAUCCAGCUGCCGUCGGUGGAGCGGGGCAAGCUGAGCAAGGUCCGCCUGGGCUCUCUGUCCCUGAAGAAGGAGGGAGAACGGCAGUGUUUUCUCUUCACUAAACACUUCCUCGUCUGCACUCGCAGCUCCGGUGGAAAGCUGCACCUCCUGAAGCAAUGGGGAGUUUUGUCCCUCAUCGACUGCACACUGAUAGAAGAACCAGAUGCUAACGAUGACGAAUCUAAAACAGCUGGUCAGGUGUUUGGUCAGCUGGACUUCAAGCUGGUGGUGGAGCCAUCGGACUCGCCUUCAUUUACCGUGGUACUGCUGGCACCGUCACGGCAGGAGAAGGCUGCAUGGACCAGUGAUAUUAGCCAGUGCAUCGAUAACAUCCGUUGUAAUGGCUUAAUGACCAGUGUGUUUGAAGAGAACUCUAAAGUCACCGUGCCUCAUAUGAUCAAAUCCGAUGUGCGCCUCCAUAAAGAUGAUGUUGACAUUUGCUUCAGCAAGACGCUCAACUCCUGCAAGGUCCCCCAGAUCCGUUACGCCAGUGUGGAGCGGCUGCUGGAGCGGCUGACCGACCUGCGCUUCCUCUCUAUAGACUUCCUCAACACCUUCCUGCACACAUACAGGAUCUUCACCAUGGCAUCCGUGGUCAUGGACAAACUGGCUGACAUCUACAAGAAGCCCUUUUCUUCCAUACCCAUCAGGGCGCAGCGCCACUCAUUUGACCGUCUGUCCAUCUCAUCUAUAUGUCCUGACUACAGUCUGAAGAUCAAGAAGAUAGCCAUGGAUCAGUCCAAAUCCUUGGAGUUGUUUUUUGCCACAAACCAAAACAACAGAAGCGGGGAGAACAUGAACGACAGAUCUCCUCGUCUCUGCCGCAAGUUCUCGUCUCCCCCUCCAUUAUCCAUCCAGUCCCGCACCAAUUCCCCUGUCCGAGCCCGAAAGCUUUCCCUUCACUCCCCCAUCACUGCCAGGGUGGGAGGCCUCGACCUGACGUCUCCUCUGUCCAACUCAAACUUUAAUCACCACAGCUCCCAUUCUGCCGGCAGUAGCCCCACUUCUGCGCAGACUCCUCAAACGCCGACUUCUCAGACCCCAACUCCGACUGCUACCUCUCCUCCUUCCUCUUCCACCUCUCCUCCUCCCAACAACUGUAAGCCAAUUCAGGAUCAAGCUCCCCUGACUCCCUCUUCGCCAGACCAGAGCCCUUCUCCAGCAGCUGAUGGGGAGGAGGUUCCUAGGAUCGAUCCUUUCUGUGGAAAACUGAGACGGAGCAUUCGGAGAACUGUGUUGGAAUCUGUGUCGUUGGAGAAAAUCAUCCCAGAAUCUCCACAGAGCAGCGAAGCGGGAGACAUGUCUCCGUGCCGCUCUCCUUCCACGCCACGCCACCUCCGCUACAGACAGCCUGGAGUUCAGUCUGGGGAGAAUUCACGCUGUUCAGUCUCUCCUGCCUCAGCUUUUGCUAUUGCCACAGCAGGAGCUGGACAUGGUACCCCACCAGUGUUUACUAACUCUGAGAGGACUUGUGAUAAAGAGUUCAUCAUCCGCAGAGCUGCAACCAACAGAGUCCUCAAUGUGCUGCGUCACUGGGUCUCCAAACACUCACAGGACUUUGAGAUGAACGGGGAGCUGAAGAUGUCAGUGAUUUAUCUCCUGGAGGAGGUGUUGAGAGAUCCAGACCUCCUGCCUCAGGAGAGAAAGGCUACUGCAAACAUACUAAGCGCCCUUUCCCAAGACGAGCAGGACGAUGCCCAGUUGAGGAUAGAGGACAUUCUACAGAUGGCGGACUGUCCAAAGGCUGAGUGUCUCGAGUCUCUCUCGGCGAUGGAGCUGGCUGAGCAGAUCACUCUGCUGGAUCACAUCGUCUUCAGGAGCAUCCCCUACGAAGAGUUCCUGGGCCAGGGCUGGAUGAAGGUCGAUAAGACUGAAAGGACUCCCUACAUCAUGAAGACUAGCCAACACUUUAAUGAUAUGAGCAACCUGGUGGCAUCCCAGAUUAUGAGCCACACUGAUGUCGGCUCGAGAGCCAACUCCAUCGAGAAGUGGGUUGCUGUGGCGGACAUCUGUCGCUGUCUGAACAACUACAACGGAGUGCUGGAGAUCACGUCUGCGCUCAAUCGCAGCGCCAUCUACCGCCUGAAAAAGACUUGGGCUAAAGUCAGCAAGCAGACUAAAGCUCUGAUGGACAAACUGCAGAAGACCGUGUCCUCUGAGGGAAGAUUUAAAAACCUGAGGGAGACGCUGAAAAACUGCAACCCUCCAUGUGUGCCAUACCUGGGAAUGUAUCUGACAGACUUGGCCUUUAUCGAGGAAGGAACUCCAAAUUUUACAGAGGAGGGUCUUGUUAAUUUCUCCAAAAUGAGGAUGAUAUCGCACAUCAUCAGGGAGAUCCGACAGUUCCAGCAAACACCGUACAGGAUAGAGCAUCAACCCAAGGUGACUCAGUACCUCAUGGAUAAGACUCUGACCAUGGACGAGGACACGCUCUAUGAUCUCUCACUGAAGCUUGAGCCCAGACUGCCUGCCUGAAUUGUCUCUGUUUGAAGCUUUUGAGAACCUACCGAACCUGCAAAGGUUAAACACCCACUUGAACCUGAUCCAUCGAGAGAGAACUGGAAGAACGUCUUUGGAGGAAUGCGGAGAUGGAAUGGAAUGGGACUUGUGGAAAAUGAGUUGUUUUGCAGGACACUGAGGUAGCAUGAGAAGAGGACAGAGAUCGGUAGUGUCAGAGAUCGGUAAAGUGUCUGAACGAUUGUUUUCAACCGGACCAAGGUGAAUAUGUGUCGGACGCACAGCAUGAAGGUUUCUUCAGUACAGAGUGUGGUGCACAUUAGAUCACUCUUCCUCAGAGAGCCUGAGAGUGCAGAGAAGUGGAUGAACAUAACAGAGAUGUAGCAUAACUGGGUGGAGAUGCAAAGAGAGGUCUGAGCUUGUGUCUCUGUGCAAUGGUUUGUGGUAUGUCGCUUAAACAUUUCCAUGCAAUGUCCUGAGCAAAGAUCCCCGUAGAAAAUGCUUUUUUUGUUAUGACCACAUUAAGCUUGCAUGAUCUCAUCUUAGGAUGUGUCUGUUUGAAUGGCCUUUAACCUGAAUUCUGAACGCAGCAUGUAUCACUCCAAGAAGGACUUUAUUUGGUCAAAUGCAUCCUCUGUGAGCUGAAUAGGACAAAAACAUCAGCCCUCUUCAGAUUUAUCAUUGAAGGACGCACUGAAGUGACGUUCCAUAUUUCUUGCAAGAUUUUCACAUAUUCCAAACCAAAUAUUUAAGUCUAUAACAUAUAUUUUUUAAUCUUUGUUUAGUUGCAAAAUUCUAUGUCAAAAGGAAAGCUAUUUAUUUAUUUUUUUCUUGCCCAGAUGAAUGAUUCAAAUUUAAGAUAUUUUCCAGUGCCUUCCACUUGUGUCGGUCAAUUUCUGCAUACUUGACUAUUUGUCCAGUUGGAGCUUUGUAUAAUUCUCUAGUGUACACUGGAAAAAAUCUAAAUCUAAAUCUAAACUAAUUUUGUUUUUUAAAUUCUAAGAAAAUAGGUCAUGUAUGCUGAACGGUACCGUAGCAUGUUGGUGUAUAGAUCGGGAAUGCAACACCGAAACAUAAGCAAACAUCGCCCUCUGCUGUUUAAAUGUUGUAACGAGCCCUGCCAGCCUAAAGCGUUUGCAGCAUCUGUGUGCAGUUCUAAUGCAUUGGCUUUUGUAAACUGUCAGCUGUGUGAAUGUGUGUUUUCUGGCUGACCGCAUGUUAGGCAGGGGCAGCUCUCUCUGAGAUGUAGCUUUGCUUGACUGACGGUGGGAUCAUUGUUUACAGUUUAAUUUAUUUAGUACAUUAGACUAUAUACAAUUUUUUUUUUUUUUUUUGUAAAUAGGGACUCCUCAGAUAUGCGGCUGGUAAGGAAGUCGUUAUGCUGUGAAUAACAUUUUUAUUGUUUUUCAUUUAUUCUUUUAAUAAAUCAAUUUGAGUUUGCGUUGGUAUUUAUAUUGAAUUAUUGUUUUUCAUCUCAUGAACAUACAAAAAAAUGUGUAUUUAUUAGAUUGAAAAAAAAAAUGUAGCAUUUGAAUGAUCAGACUUUGUUUUUCACAUUGAUGAUAUGAUAAAUGGUGUUGCAUGCACACAACAGCUGCAUGUUGUGGAUGUCUGACUGGAUUUCUCCUGUACCUUCAUCCACUGCUUCUCUGUAUGAAAAUUAUCUGUGCUGAAAAAAGAAAGGUAUAAAAACAAUAUUUUGUCCAAUUAAAUCGGGCAUGUUUGUCUCUUGUCAAGCCCAGUGUUGGGGCUGCCAAUUACAAACCAACCUGUUUUUACACAGUUGGAGCUUUCCUCAUUUAAAAAAAUGUGUCUAUAGCUCUGAAUGUCUGUUUUGGAAAAACAGAUUGACGUGUUUGUGUUGUAGUUAUUUAUGUGUUUAUGAUUUUGUGUUACUUUACCUGUUUACAUUUUCCACUUGUGGGUGCAGGGAAAAAUAAAUACAACAUGCCUUACA